UUAAGACAUGUCCUGGCCCUCUAGGGAACAAACCAUUUCAGCAUCAGAAACAAAAAAGCAUUUGUGCUCCGCGGGUUACAAUGGACCAUCAGUACUGUAAUGCGAGCAUGGAAGGGAUUGAGAGCAAAGGAAGAGAAGUGGUGAUCAUGGCAAAACCUGCUCCUGCGGGUGCUUGUGAAUUGCUUAUGAGGGUUUUGGCGUUGGCACUGACUCUUGGGGCUGCUAUAACUAUUGGGGCGGAUAAACAGACCAAGGUUGUUUCAAUCCAGUUACUAGAUACUUUGCCACCUUUGAAUGUUCCUGUUACUGCUAAAUGGCAUUACCUCUCUGCCUUGGUCUACUUUGUGGUGGCAAAUGCAAUAGCAUGUGCAUACGCAGCCUUCUCUGUACUCCUUGCCCUCACAAAUAGAGGUAAAACCAAAGCUUUGUGGACAUUGAUCACCGUCCUUGAUGCAAUCAUGGUGGCAUUGCUCUUUUCUGGGAAUGGAGCCGCCACCGCAGUAGGUGUCAUUGGCUUCCGUGGAAACUCACAUGUGCAAUGGAACAAGGUGUGCAAUGUCUUCGGGAAAUUUUGUGAUCAACUAGCUGCUUCCCUUAUUCUGUCACUGCUUGGAUCAGUAGUAUUCCUCUUGCUCGUGGUGGUUCCUAUGUUGAGGCUUCAUCGGUGAACUUAGUUAAUUAAUAAACCUAAUGUUUAUUAUAUCCACAAGUUUAUUAAGAAAUCUAGUACCGCAAUAUGUGUGAGCAUGUUUAUUGUCAUGUGACCUCAACUCAUAGGUUCCAGUUUAUUAUAUAUAUGUAUGAAAAACUUAUAAUGUAGAAAAAUUUGUAUGUGUUCGAUC